AAAUCUGCGGAGACUGUGGUAUGACCGGAGCUCUUCAUUCUCCUCAGCUGUGGAUUUUUAGUAAAGUUAUUUUUAAUCGUAUGUUAAUAGUAAACUUUCUCUGGAUUAUAACUUUUUAUCUUUUCUGUUGGACCCUCGGAUCUGAUCCAACCUGCGCGUAAUUUCUAGUUUUUCCCCCAGAAGUGUUAUCUUUGUGUUUCUGACAUGCUACUCCGCUUUGUUGCUGUGUUCAGUUUAUACGUCACAGCUGGCUCUGGGACCAUAGAGUAUGACAGCUCCAAUGACUUUGUAGAAGAAGAUUAUGGUCCUCAACUAGACUACAAAGACCCUCACUGGUGUCAUUCCCCGGGCCUCACUAACGGAGAGGUGACCUGCCACUCCCCCCGGGGGCGGGCCUACAGGAGCACGCUGGGCACUCGCUGUGAGAUGAGCUGCGAUCGAGGAUACAGACUGAUCGGGAAGAGCUCCAUCACGUGCCUCCCCAGCCGGCGCUGGUCUGGGACCUCCUUCUGCCGCAAGAUGCGAUGCCAUGUGCUGCCCCUCAUCCCCCACGGCAGGUACACCUGCUCCCACGGCUUCAUGGUGGACUCCAGGUGUGACUUCACCUGUGACGCGGGCUAUCGCAUCGAGGAGCAACACUCCCGCACCUGUGAGCGCCGGGGGUCGUGGAGCGGAGGCCAGCCAAAUUGUGAAGAUACUGACCCUCCAAAGAUCAAAUGUCCUCCGUCCAGACUCAAGGUUGCCGAGCCUGGAAAACUCACUGCCAUGGUGGCCUGGGACCCGCCCAAAGCAACAGAUACUGCUGAUAAAUCCCUUGAUGUGAUUCUUGUUGGCCAGGGGCCGCGCACCGACUUUAAAGAGGGAUCGAGCAUUAUCCGAUACAAAGUGUACGAUCAAGCCAGGAACAGAGCCGCCUGCAAGUUUAUUGUACGUGUUGAGGUGAGAAGAUGCCCAACUCUACCUCCACCUCUGCAAGGCUUCCUCACCUGCUCCUCUGAUGGGAAUAACUACGGUGCAACAUGUGAAUAUCACUGUGAAGGGGGAUAUGAGAGGAGGGGCGUCUCUUCUCGUGUCUGCCUGUUCGACCGCAGCUGGGCAGGAGACCCGGCCGAGUGUGUUCCAAUGGAGAUUAAAUCAGAUGUAAAGACUGUAUCCGCUCUCCUGCAACAGUUUUAUGAAAAGAAGAGGCUGCUGAUCAUGUCUGCUCCAAACAUAACUGACCCAGACUACCAGCUGCAGAACAUCAUGAUACAGAAAGCAGACUGUGGAUUAGACCUGAGACGUGUUACCGUCAUCAAACUCCUGGGCUCCCCGCCUCGUGAGACCGGUCACAUCAAAGAAAGUCUGCUCAGCUCUGAAGCCAUCGAGGGUCUGAGACAAUUGUUCAGGAUCUCCAGGUCGUACUUCAGCAUGUUGCUGCUGGACGAGCUGGGAAUGGACCGGGAGCGCUUCAUCUACCCGAUGGCGUCGGACGAGCUGUUCUCCUACAUCGACAGCUUCAUGCUGGAGGAAGAGGAGCGAGAGAGGCUGGAGCUCCACAGGGACUUCUGCGACUAAUCAAAUAAACCUCUCCUGUUGCCACAGCGAUAAACUCAUCAGCAUUACUAAACGCAAGAUGAGGAAGGACAAACAGCCCAAAACCAGGUCCAGAGGGACAUAAGGGGGGCGGGGGGGGGGAUGUGAUCACCAAACAACACUGAAGUGCUAGCACUGUGUUCUCUCUCUAAUCAUCUGAAAGGCACAGAGGCCAGCAAAUGGAGACAGAAGAUACAGACAAGCUCGAGAAAAGCUCAUUUAAAUAAAAUGGAAACAUAAAUUUAGGUGAGAUAUGUGAUUUGGUUUAGUAUGUUUGUAAAGUACCACCUGUUCUGAUGUGAAAUUGAAAGAGAACUGUAAACACACACAUCUUAAAAAGCCUAUUCAACUAACGUGGACAGGUUAUUUAAAUCCAGCUGGUAUGGACGAUUAAGCAUGUCUUGGUUUUUAACAUUUUUUAUUAGAUGAACAGAAUAUUAUUGGAAACCUUGAGGUAAACACAACUCUGAUCACAUACAGUUAAAAUAUGAAUACCUACUUUUAUUUCUGCAAAUAAAGAGAUUUAAUAAUUUCAAAUAAAGAUUUUUGUGCAACUUAUAAAGAUAAUAAUACAAUUUGUUGGAUGCAACACCAGAGAUUUUGUAGUUUAUAAUGACUUGUUUUCCCACGUGUCAGUAUAAUUAUGUACACAAUUAUUAAGAAAAAAGGUGAUACUAGUUCUGUGCUAAGUGCUUAAAAGUGUGCGUGAAUUUGAAAUGCAGUAAAUAUACAUUCUGAAUUUUAAAAAAAUAUAUAAAAUGUGUCCUUGCUCUUAAAUUGAACCCAGAGUUUGUGAUGUUUUGGCACAUUUUCUAAAGUUACACCAGUCUGCAGUCAGGGGGCGGAGCUAAACACGAACCCCACAGGGAGGCAGAUGUUCAGCAGGAAGUGUGUGUUAGUCACUUCAGGAGACGCCUCUGCGCUGACAAACUUGCAAAAUAUAAAAAAUCCAUAAUCUCA